CCGCGGAGGAUGCGGAGGGGCGGCGACGCGGGCCCGACCCAGCCGGGGCGGCGGGGCGGGCGCCGCCCGAGGGGGUAGGGCGCGCGCGGGGGCGCGCUGGGCCGGGGAGGCGCGCUCCGGCGGCGCUCGCUCCGCGCUCCCUGCGCUCGCUCGCUCGCUCCCUCCUCCCUCGGCAGCCGGGGCGGCAGGCAGGAGAAGGCGGCGGCGGCGGCGGCGGCUGGCGAUCAGACAUGGCGGCGGAUCUAAACCUGGAGUGGAUCUGCUCCCUGCCCCGGUCCUGGACUUACGGGAUCACCAGGGGCGGCCGAGUCUUCUUCAUCAACGAGGAGGCGAAGAGCACCACCUGGCUGCACCCCGUCACCGGCGAGGCCGUGGUUACCGGACACCGGCGGCAGAGCACAGAUUUGCCUACUGGUUGGGAAGAAGCAUAUACUUUUGAAGGUGCAAGAUACUAUAUAAAAUUUUGGUAGCAGUCUCGUUGCCUACACCUUACCAAGACACAGUCUGUUCCAAUGGUAAAUCAAACAAAUCUUUUUUUUUUUUUCCCUGCCAGUCCUUUUUAGCAAGUAGUAAAUAGUUUAAACUUCUAGAUCUUGAAAAAGAAUUAAGUUUGUUCAAAAAAGAAAAAAAAGAAUUAAGUUUUCCCCCUUUUCCGUGAAGCAUUCAUUGGCAGCCUCCCAUGUGCCAGCCCCUCUGCUUGGCACAUUGGAUACAGAUGGAAGACUCGGCUGUGUCCCUGCUAGCGAGAGCGUGUGGUCUAGGGUAAGAACUCAGGAAGUGGACCAGUCAUUACACUGAAAUGGCAUAAGUACGGUGACAGUGGGCAUGGGGCCUCCAAGGCCCUGUGAGAGCACAUAACCCCACCUGGAGGGGAGAGGAGAGGGAAGGCCUCAUGGAAGAUGUCAUGUCUGAGCUGAAUCCUGAAGUGGUCAGAUCAUUUCUCAGAUAACUGAGAGGGAGGAACAAAGGAAAUAAACUUGUUAAAGAGAAGAUGUUUGUUUUCAGUUUUUGGGGUAUGGCACCUAGACUUUGAGGUUAGUAUAUUUGGUUUUUAGAAAUGUGGGAAUAGGGCGCCUGGGUGGUGGCUCAGUUGGUUAAGCGACUGCCUUCGGCUCAGGUCAUGAUCCUGGAGUCCCGGGAUCGAGUCCCACAUCGGGCUCCCUGCUCGGCAGGGAGUCUGCUUCUCCCUCUGACCCUCCCCCCUCUCAUGCCCUCUCUCUCUCAUUCUCUCUCUCAAAUAAAUAAAUAAAAUCUUUAAAAAAAAAAAAAAGAAAUGUGGGAAUAGAGGGGUUUUUUUUUAAAGGAUUUUUUGGUCUGGAGAUGCAUCCUUGAGCGUCAUUUGAAGUUAAAAUGAAAGAUAAGAUAGAAUAGUGAUAGAAUGAGAUAGAAAAAGAAGGAGGGAAAGUGGGGAAUGAAUGCCUGAAAAAGAGAGUCCGUAGAACCUGACUCACGUAUAGCCUGGAAGCCAGAGUCAGAAGACAGAACUUAAAGAAGAGGUAAUUAUGGAGUCAGUGAAGGGAAAUGCUGUGCUUCUAAAUUAAGGAAGCCAAGUAAGGCACUGGAUUUGAUUAGGAUAUUAGUUAUUUAACUAUGAGCAGUGUGAUGCAGUGUUAGGUUUAAGGUAACAUGUUAGAAAUGUACCUAUUCGGUGCACCUGGGUGGCUCAGUUGUUAAGUGUCUGCCUUCAGCUCAGGUCAUGGCCCAGGGUCCUGGGAUCGAGCCCUGCAUCGGGCUCCCUGCUUGGUGGGGAGCCUGCUUCUCCCUCUCCUACUCCCCCUGCUUGUGUUCCCUUUCUCACUGUGUCUCUCUCUGUCAAAUAAAUAAAUAAAUAAAAUUUAAAAAAAAAAAAAGAAAAGAAAUGUACCUAUUCUUCUUUAAACCUUUUUUAUACUGGUUUUUAACUUUGGAGAAGGGCAUUCAGGGAUCUCUCUGAAACUGGAUAUACAUAGAUGACUUACAUUUAUUUUGUUUCCUGCCCAUCAUUCUUUCUUUCUUCUGAGAAUCUAAUCCAUAUAUUCCUUGUAUAGUAACUCCUUCCUCACUGUCAGGCCUGGUCUUAGGGGUGAGUAUUUGUUGCAGACCUGACCUCAGGGGUGUGUACAUGAUGUAACUGGGCCACUGAGACUUGAUCCUGGGACUUUCCUUAAGAGAAUCUCUUCUGUUGGAUUGAAGCUGUAAAGGUGUAAGCCUAGAGCUGCCCUCCUGGGAUGAGCAUCUCUGAGACUGAGAUGGGACUGAGAGGGAACAAGGGAGGGAGGGAGCUGAGACAGAUACACACCAGGAGUUGAGUCGCUGGAUCUACCUCUGGAUUUUUCAAUUAUUUGAGCCAGUGAAUUCCCUUCUUUUGCUUAAGCUAUUUUGAAUUUGAUUCUCUGUCAUUUGAGGGUGAAAGAGUCUCAUUCCCCUAGAGAAUGCCUUAUGUGCUUAUGUAUUUUAAAGUAUGCAAAGGAUCAGGGGUUUACAGAUCUGUAGAGGCCCCCUGAACCAAAUUAAAUGCCUCUGCUUUAUUCUGUUCAACAUUACUGCCAACAAGAUUUCCCCAUAAAUCCAGAUUCAGUAUUGUUAUCAUUAACUAAUUAAUGGUUAUCCUUGGGACAAUUUGAUCUUCAUUACAAACAUACAGAUAACAUCUUGUUAUGUAUUGUAGUUGAGGGGAUGGGAUAUUUUUAUGAAUGCCUUUUAGAUUAAUCAAGAGUUAACCCAUUUAUCUCCUUCAGCUUCUUUCAGCAAGGAUAUCCUUUGAAAUGUUGGGAUUCCAUUUUAUUCAUUAUCUGUCUCUAUCUGCUUAUAAAUAUUCUUGCCAACCAUAAUUCUUAGAUCUAGGAAUCAGACCAUAAACCAUAAAAGCAACAUAAUUCGCCAAAGGCCUCAUAAAACACAAUACGAAGUCAUCCCUGACUCUCGCUAACUUAAAUAACUUGAAGAAAAGGGAAAGUGAUUUUGUUAAUUUUGUUAUUAGGAGUAAGCUUCCGAUUCAGUAGAAAAUGAUGGAUAGUUAAAAAUAUAUUCAAUAAAAACUGUUUGCUGCAAGGCAACAUUAAAAAUAAUAGGACAGUUGGAAAGUACUUGCUAUGAUAAUAAGAUUUCAGAGAGCUUAAUAACUUAAUAGGUAGGAGUUAAUGAGUCUGGCCACAGAGAGGGUGAUUCUUUCUUUCUGGACACUCUACCUGCAUUGGAUGUAGCUCCUACUAGGUACAUAAUGAUGCCUAUUUUGGUUCUAAGGAACAAGAAAGUUGAGUUAUAAUCACUUGUGGAUAGUGUGAGAAUGUGCCUGAAUUUAAUAUACUAAAUUUACUGUUUCCUAUAGAAACAGACAUUUCAGAAAAGAAAAAUGCCAACAGUUUCUAAUUGGGUAGAAUUAGUAUUGAAUUAAGAAGUACAUGAAUUAGUACUAAUUGAUAGUGGUAUAUACGAAGUCCUAUAUUCUACCUCAGUUUAUACUCCAGGGUGCUUUUUUGGGCAUCGUAGUAAGACUUUAUCUCUUCCCAUUUAUUAACAAACAUCAUCCCUUUCUCUCUUUCUCCAUUUGUGCAGAAUUUUUAUUUUAUUCCUACUAAAUGCUUUAUGCUUUAGGCAUUAUGUUAAGGGCUCUCAGGCCAAAGAAGAACAGUGUGCCAUUCCUGCCCUCUGGUGGUUGAAAGAAACAUUGCAAACAGUAAAGAUGUGUGUUAUGAGUCUUACCAGCCUUGGUAUCAUUUGUUUCUUUUAUUCCCGCAUCAUUUAUUGGUUCACGGAUUUAUGAAGCAUGUAAUGGGCAUCUUCUUUAUGACAGUCUUCCUCACUACCUGUCUGGUGUGGUGGCAUCCUGGCCUUUGGUAGCAAUAGUUAACAUAGUUGAGGUCUUACAAAUGGAAUUCCAGAAAGCAUGCUUGCAAUAUGGCUAAAUCUGACUUUCGGGAUUCUGUAUUUAGGUUACAAAGUGUUUUCCUAUCUACAUGUAACAUUUCUAGGCCUACUGAGCUUCGAACUGGGUAUAUAUGUGAUGGGUGAGAAAUGAUGAAGUGUGUAGUGUUUUAGUUCUCUCGCUGCCAAACAAUUUACCUCAAAACUUAGCAGCUUAAAACAACAAACAUUGAAUAUCAUAGUUUCUGUGAGUCCGGAAUUAUGGAAGUGAUUUAGCUGGGUAGUUCUGGCUCAGAGUCUUUUAGGAGAUUGCAGUCAAGAUAUUGGUCAGGGUUGCAGUCACCUGAAGGUUUCACUGGGGCUGGAGGAUCUGGAAGAUCAGAGUGAUUGAUUCAAAGAGAGCAAGAUGGAGGCCACAGUGUUUUCAGUGACCUGUCCUUGGGGUCAAGCUUUGGUCAUUUUUGCAGUACCUGUUGUAUAGGACAAUCAGGUAUAUUUCAUGUGCAAGGGGUCUGCGUAAGGGCUUGAGUACCAGGACUUGAGAAUCACUGGGGGCCACCUUGUACGUUGGCUACCACAUUUCGUAGCCCUGUGUGAAGAAGACGCAAGCAAAUCUUCAAGUGGAACUAUUUUAGAGUGAAAUACGGGGUUGAAAAAUCAGACCAACUCAUCGUCACUUCAGUUUUCAUUCUUCAUUCUCCUGGGAGAAUGUUUAUAAGUGCUCUGUGUUUCUAAGCCCUUACUUUUAAAUGGAGCACUUAGGGAAAUAGGAAAAGCAUGGUAACAGAAAGAGUUUUAUGAGAACAUACUUACAGGAAGGUGAGACUGGAACAUUUUAAUUAUUUUUUAAAUGUGAUGUAUUUCAAUUUACGUUUCUUUGCCACUCAGUGGUGAGAAAUAAUUUCUGCAGAGAAUGCUUAGUGAUGGCUGACCAGGUUUUAUAGAAACUACUGCUUGUUUUUCAAAGAUUUCUUUGUCAAAUUACUUGCAUAUUUUAAUUUGAGCACUGAGCACCGUUCUGGGUCUACAACCUGUCAGAACUCUGCUAGUCUCAUCAAUGUCAUGAUGAAAAAUGAAAAGUCGAUUGGGUGGUAAGUAGAAUGUGGGCACUUCAUUGCUGGGUUAUUAAGAUCAGAUAUGAACAGAACUGAGAGUAAAGUGUUUAAACCAGAAUUUUACUUUAGUAUUAAGAACAGCAGGACUUUGAAGUAAAAUCAGUAAGGAAAAUUGAAGUUGUCACUCUUCUCUGCUACCUUCCCGCCAAGUUAUUUUUCUCCUCUGUUUUCUGUUUUAAUACAUUUUUUUCAUAGAUAACAUGUUUUCAGGCUAAUAUGUUCAUUUUGAAAAUAUAACGAUGAUACUUUGAGCAUUGUGGAUGUUUAAGAAAGAAAAAUAGGAUAUAGACAAUUUAAAAUAUUAAAAUUGUAUUGAUCUGUUCUUCAUCUAAUCAUUUCAGUACCAUUUUAGGAACAAAUCAUAUUAGAAAUGAUGUUCCUGGCGCUGCAGUUUUAUUGAUGCUUCUGGUAAUAGCCAACCUAGAGUAAAUGUUUCCACGGAAUAACUAUAUAAUAGCCUGUAAUGCUUGUUUAUCUUUUAAGGUCUUGUUUUGCAAAUUUGACUUAUGAAAUUAAUAUAUUCGUAAGUCUGUAAUCCUGAAAGGGAAAUGGAUAGAUUAAUAAUACAUUAUAUGUUGAGAUUAUUUUCUUUAGAAUGUAAUUCAUGGACUGUAUUCUUUUCUUACGAUUUUAUUCAUUUCUUAUCUUGUAGUUAUUUACAUUUAUAAUUUCUAUAUAAAGGCAUGAUGUAAUCUUAGUGGUAAGAUAAAUUUAAAGGAAAGUCCUUUUGCUGAACAAAUAUUUACUGGGCUUCUAUUAUAUACCAAAGCCUCUGGUGG